UGUGCCUGUGUCCCUUGGGGUCCAUGUGGCUCUUGUCUUGGGGCCUCUAACUCUCUCUCUCUCUCCUCUUACUCUCCCCUCCGCUUGCCCUCUGUCCUUGUCCCUUCCCUGGGGGUUUCCCCUGUCACCAAUGGCAGCUGAAGCAGCGGAAGGAAAGGCCCCUCCACCAUCUGUGGAGGGAGGGAGAGGCCCUGAGGUCACUUCUGCCCCAACCCCCAGGACCUUCCUGCAGCCCUGAUCCAAGAUGGCCGGCGGGGGCUGGGGGAUUCUUCUAGCUGAUCCAGAGAGCAGAGCCACCGCAGCCAUGACCCCCAGGCUACUCCUGGUCCUCACCCUCUGCGUGUCCCCCAGUGGAGUGAAAGGGACCCCAGAGGCUGUGAGCCAGCUCAGGGUGCAGUGCCGUGCCUCUAGAUAUCCGGUGGCUGUAGAUUGCUCCUGGAUUCUAUCACCAGCUUCCAAUGCCACAGGGCCAAUGUCCUUCAUUGCUACAUACAGGCUGGGCGUGGCCGCGCCUGGGGACAGCCGGCCCUGCCUUCAGCCGGCCCCGGACGCCCCGCGUUGCUCCGUCCUGGACGUGAGGCUCUUCUCCAUGGUGCCCCACGUGCUCAACGUCACGGUGCUGCGCCCGGGCGGCGCCGCCUACCGCCUGCUGCCUUUCGUGCCUGAACGCCUCAUCAAACCAGACCCUCCCGCUGGCGUGCGCCUGAGCCAAGUCUCUGGGCAGCGAUUGCAGGUGCAAUGGCAGCCGCCGCAGUCCUGGCCCUUCCCAGAGGUCUUCUCCCUCAAGUACUGGAUCCGCUACAAGCGUCAUGGAGCCACCCGUUUCCGCCAGGUGGGACCCAUCGAAGCCACCACCUUCACCCUCAGGGCUGUGAGACCUCACUCCAGGUAUUUAAUCCAGGUGGCUGCUCAGGACCUCACCGACUACGGAGAGCCCAGUGACUGGAGUCUCCCUGCUGCUACCUCCCUGGCCCUGGGCAAGUAAUGGAGACUCCCCAGAGCUCCUAAAUGGAGGGGCUGAUUGAUCCUGUCAUGCCCCACACACACUGCUGUCUAUUUGAGAGUGGGGAGAUCCAUCUGGACUGGUUUCCAGUUCUGACCUGAUGCUGCUGAGAAGCUGGGAAAUCUCGAGCCAGUGUCUUUGCCUCUCUGAGCCUCAGUUUCCUGGCCUGUGAAAUGGGAUUGGGUCCUCCCCGACUUGAGCACAGUACAGAGCUUCAAAAACAAGUAUUUUUAAUUAAAAACUUUCACUAGCAAAGAAGCUUUGUUGGAAACAGCA